CAGAGAUGGCAGGAACGCUGGGAAUAUUUGAGAUAUGUCUGCUCUUCGCUGAAUUUCACAUGACUGCAGGCAUGACUGUAAACAUCCCAGAUAAAGUAUAUAAGAUUGCGAGAGGUGAUAAUGCGGUGAUUCCCUGCAUAUUCACACCGAGUGCAACUAUCUCAUCAAUAACAUGGACGGCAGCUUCAGACGUGAAGGAUGAUCCAGAGAUUAACGUCGCUGCUUACUUCACUACCACAAAUAAAAUUACGGUAUACAAGAGAUAUAAAGGCAGGGCAAACAUAGUGGAUGUGGAUAUGGUGAAAGGAAAAGCCAGCCUGAAGCUCCAGAGCGUCACCAGCGCCGACACGCGGGACUACGAGUGCAAAGUUCAGGAUCCGGAUGAUGAGGAAGGCACUCUGUCUGACAAGGCCAGUCUCGUAGUCCUGGUGGCUCCAUCAAAGCCCAUCUGCAAUGUUGUCGGGAAGACAGAAUACUUCCAGAACAUCGAGCUGACCUGCCGCUCUGAGGAGGGAACGCCGACACCGACCUACAAAUGGCAAAGCUACAGCGUCAAUAACGUCCCUCGACCGAUGCCGCUCAAGGCCACUGAUCAAAACGGGGCUUUGUUGCUCGUCAAUAUUUCCAUGGACACUUCCGGCUACUACAUCUGCACGUCCGCCAACGAAAUCAGAUCUGCGACGUGUAAUGUGACCCUGGCCGUCAUGCCACAGGUUCACAUGACUUCGGGCAUGACUGUAGACAUCCCAGAUAAAGUAUAUAAGAUUGCGAGGGGUGAUAAUGUGAUGAUACCCUGCAGAUUCACACCUCCAGCUCCAGGUGCGUCUGUCAUUAUAUCAUGGGCAGCAGCUCCAGACGUGCAGGGUGAUGCAGAGAUUAGCAUCGUCACUUACUUCAAUCCCAUUACAAUUACGGUAAAAAAGAAAUAUAAAGGCAGGGCAAGCCUGUUGCACGAUGUCGCGAGAGGAACAGCCAACCUGCAGCUCCAGAGCGUCACCAGCGCCGACACCCGAGUUUACCAGUGCAGAGUUGAGGUUGUGGGUGAUGAGGAGGGCAGUGCGUCUGACACGGCCAAACUCAUAGUCCUGGGAUUGAAUGAGCACGACACGACUAUCCCUCAGGACAAAAUGUUGUUCUGCACCAGGUAAUGCCCACUUUCUCACCCAGAUAAACCACAAUCACACCAUCCACGUCUACGUCAGCUGAUAUGCACCCACCUAUGAGCCAAGCCCACUCUGGUGAAGACGGCACUCACUGACUGGACCUCAAGUUCUUUCACUGAAUGUGCUUAACCUGCUGACCCAUCAUAUCAUUCUCAUUCAUGUUAUUCAUUAUUGUUGCUCUCCCUGCUCAUUCAUGACAGGCUACAUGGAUGGGCAGGGAAUUUUUGCACAGAACAGAACCAUACCACCAAACCAAAACUUUAUGCUAAGUAUCUAUCUUUUGACGAUAGUGGUCCUGACAGAAAUACAGUUCUCGAAACAAAGACACGUUUCUCAAAACUUUUAACACAUUCCACAUGCUUACACACAUGCUCCAAUUUGCUCAGUGUUUUCUGCAAAACUCUACACAAUAACAGCAUCAUUUUGCACAGGUUUAACCAUGUUCUCAUUCAGAAAACACAAACACACAAUAUAACUACCUCAAGCAUCAAAAACUGAUGACAGCAGUCAGAAUCUCAGGAUGAUAUGAACAAGAGGUGAUUAUGUGUUUUGGAAAAUGAAUCAUGGCAGUGGGAGACAAAGAGAAAUAGGAGGAGAAAAGAAAAAUGAAGGGGAUGAGGUCAAAGGUCGUUUGUUCCUGAUGAAAUACAAAGCACUACAGUUGACCACGUUCUUCUGCAUGGACUGACCGUCAGGGAAGAUGGUCUACAGGCUCAUCUACAAGGUUUCAAUACUACUGACACACACAAUAUAAUUACAGCACAUAGCAGCAGUACUUCAGAUGAGACAACUUUCAUUUUUCUAUGUACAGUACAUAUUGUAGCACAUGUUGUACACCCUCAAACUCAUUACUGUUGAAUUGAUUUGUAGCCAAGUAGUACCGUGUGUAAUUUUGAGAUUGUGUUUAUAGUUGUGAGAAAAUGGUGAAUUGUUUCAUGAACUGUGUGUUAGCAAUCGAGAAAAACUGUAAUACAAUGAGCUGGGCUUACACGAUUUUCAGUCAUGGACAAUUUGUUUUUUAUUAUCUGAUUUUCUUUCUCACACUUUAUUCAACCUGUGAAUGAUAAGCAGGUAACGCUUUAGAUUGCAAACCACAACAUACUGCGUAAGUGAACAGAAUGUACAGUUUUACAGAAUUUACAACUUUUUUGUAAUUAUAGUGUACCUAUUCAGUACCUCCGUGUAGGUAUAAGGGAAUAAUAUGCGAAGUUUGGGGAAUAAAGGGGUAAUAACCUGUAAAAUUACAAAUUAUUUCUACUUUAAGCAUUUUGAAACUAAGCGGUACCUAUUGUUAUAUAUCGUGGUAUGUAUGACCUAACAACAAUCUUAUAUUUGCAAGCGAUUUAGCAAAAACAUACACUGUGUAGGCCUACUUUUUAAACAUGCCGGGUUAUUUCUUAUUGCUUACACACUUUUUGCAGAAUUUGGCUCAUUAUGUCAAAACUCUACACACAAGCCAAUCAGACAUAGCACUUAGAGAUUACAGUUUUUUUCAACUGCUUACACACAAAAUCUUUACUUGUCACACAGUUUCUGAAAGCUGACACUCAAACAGCAGAAGCACACACCAAAUCUGCAAAACCUUACACUAAUUCUCAGACUUUGACUCAGUUUUCAAUUUCAGAAAACACUUUUUGCAAAACACAACACACAAUUCUCGAUGUAACACACACAAAUCUAACAGGAAGUAUCUUGAUUUCCUUUUUCAAACACAACCAUUUAAAAUGCCACACUAAUUCAUCAGCGCUUCACACUAACUCCUCACAUGCACAAACACUCACUGCUUUAUUUAAUACCAAGCAGUCAUGGCUUUAGAAUAGGCCUGUAAAUAGGCCACAGGUCAAGUUAUACAGUUUUUCUUGCUUCGUCGCUUUGAUGCAUUUCUCAGAUAAAAAAUGAAAUUCUCAAAACUACUUUGUUCAACCUCCACAUCAUCGAGUCACUUGUGCACAUCAUGAAAGCAGUUUCUCAUUCUUCUGAACAAGUUGCGAUUCCUUUGGUUCAUUCAUGCAGCUGAUCGUCUGCGGUUUCCUACAUUAUCAGCUGCUAAUGUCAUGUUGCUCAAAAUGUAUAGUUCUCUGUGCAGGUCAGACCGCUAGUACCAGAGUCUCUUUCAAUCAAUAUCACACAUACAGUAGUGUAAAUUUGUACUUUUGAAAUGGAUAUAUGGCAUACAAAAGAAGUGCAUUUCAAUACAGUAACUGUCAUCCAAACUGCUGUCAUAGUUUACAUCAGGUAAUACUUACAGAGUGCAGUGUUAUUUUGACAACAGGACUAAGCAUUUUGACGAUCUUGUUUGUGAACAAUGACACAAGGACUUUUUGUUCUGAUGGCACUAAUAUGUUCAUUGACAUAAAUACUUACUUUUGAGAGAUGAACUAAAGAUUUUGAGUAAGUGACAGGCUUUUGCAGGUAAUCCAUUGUGUGGUGCUGUUUGUAUGAAUUGUUUUGAGAAAUGCACACACUUCUUUGCUGGUAUUACAGUAAGGAUAAUUCGAGAAAUGCACCAAAGUGACGAAGAAAAACUGUAGGUUUUGAACAAUGGAUGCAAACAAUGUAUUUCCUUCUUUCUUACUGUUUAAUACCGUAUUCAGAACCACGAAUGCUUACAGUUAAAAAAAAAAAAGAAAAAGAGUUUGUUUUCAAUCUUACGUUCAUGUUUACCAUGAAUUUCUCAUGGAA